ACUCCGGACCAUUUCCCGGUGAGGGCAUGAAGAGCUGGUUGAGAGGAGGCAAGAGAGCAAGGCUGUUACAUCUCAUACAGGGUAACACAGGUGAGGUAUUGCAGGAGAACAGAGUGCACUGUAGCCCCAGUAGCCAUGGAGGACAGUGACUGUGAGGCUCACUCAUCAUCAGAUGACCAGGACUCUGCCCCGCCAUCCCCUGGCCACACCAGGGACCACCACCAUCAGACCGAACAGCACUCAAGCCAUUCCAAGGACGACUCUGAAGACUCUGAGUUGGAGAACAUUAUGCAACAAGACCCCCACCACAACGGGGGCCAUCCACACCCCCACCUGCCUCUUCCCAGCUAUGAGCACAGCCCCGACCAUGAGCACCCCCACCCGGUGGACAGGGAGGCGGAGGGUGGCGACAGCCCCCCGAACACCCCCGGGACGCCCACCUCUGGGACCCCACCGUUUUUGCGCCCUCCCACGGCAGGUGGCAGGGCCCAAUCAGACAACCAGUGCGUAGGGAGGCUGCAGCUGGGUGGAGGUGGAUUGGUGGAUCACUAUGAUAUGCAGUCUCCCCUCAGUCCCACCAGGCCCAAGAGCCCCUGGGGCCGCUUUGAUCCCUACGACUUUCCAGAGGACCAAGACAAGGAAUAUGUGGGAUUUGCCACACUGCCAAACCAGGUGCACCGUAAGUCUGUCAAGAAGGGCUUUGACUUCACCCUGAUGGUAGCAGGGGAGUCUGGUCUGGGCAAGUCCACCCUGGUCAACAGCCUCUUCCUCACAGACCUCUACAAGGACAGGAAGCUACUCAACGCUGAGGAGCGGAUCACUCAGACAGUGGAGAUCACUAAACACACAGUGGACAUUGAGGAGAAGGGGGUCAAGCUGAAGCUCACCAUCGUAGACACCCCUGGCUUUGGAGACGCUGUCAAUAACACUGAAUGCUGGAAGUCAGUGGCGGACUACAUCGACCAGCAGUUUGAGCAGUACUUCAGGGACGAGAGUGGACUGAACAGGAAGAACAUCCAGGAUAACAGAGUCCACUGCUGCCUCUACUUCAUCUCUCCCUUUGGACACGGUCUGAGGCCUCUGGAUGUGGAGUUUAUGAAGGCCCUUCAUGAGAAGGUCAACAUUGUGCCCAUCCUGGCCAAGGCAGACACACUCACACCCACCGAGGUCAAGAAAAAGAAAUUCAAGAUCCGAGAGGAGAUCCAGCAGUAUGGGAUUAAGAUCUACCAGUUCCCAGACUGUGACUCUGAUGAGGAUGAGGACUUCAAACAGCAGGAUCAGGAGCUCAAGGACAGUAUACCAUUUGCGGUGAUCGGCAGCAACACGGUGGUGGAGGCCAAAGGGAAGAGGGUCCGGGGUCGUCUUUACCCCUGGGGCAUCGUGGAAGUGGAGAACUCUGCACACUGUGACUUUGUGAAGCUGAGGAAUAUGUUGGUGAGGACACACAUGCAGGACCUGAAGGAUGUGACACGGGAGACCCACUAUGAGAACUACAGGGCUCACUGCAUCCAGAGCAUGACCCGCAUGGUGGUGAAAGAACGCAACCGCAAUAAACUGACCAGGGAGAGCGGCACAGACUUCCCCAUCCCUGUGAUACCAAGUACCACAGACACCGAGACGGAGAAGCUGAUCCGAGAGAAAGAUGAAGAGGUACAACGACGACACUCAGAGCAUGAACCAGAGCAAGAGCACAGUCACGAUGAGCACUCAGACCGACCCCUAGAACCCCACUCUGACCCAGGCCUAGACCCAGGGUCUGAACCUGAGGCCUCUUGAGUCCUCCAGGCUGUCAAUCAUAUUUUAUAUACAUUCCAUUAAUACAUGCAGGUGCCCCUGAGGACCCCAGUCAGGUGUGGUAAUUCUGGUCUGAGGAAGGGUGAGGGGUGACAGUUGGUCCCUACAGCAGCACCCCUAAAACAGCACCCAGCCAUGAGGUGCACAUGACCUGUAAGAGAUGAUUAGAUCUGGGUACAAAUAAUGUUUUAUAUUCAAAUACUAUUUGAACCCAGGUCUGGCAGUAGAAUAUAAUAUGUCACGCUGCCUGGGUAGACUAGUGUUGUAAAUGGAAAGAAGCACUCGUGUGGUUCUCUUCUCCCUGUUUGAGUCUGUCCCUGUCCAAAAGCACCAUCGUGCCAAUUUCAUAUAGUUAUUUAUUUAUAUUAUUUAUAUACAGUACCAGUCAAAAGUUUGGACACCGACUCAUUCAAGGGUUUUUAUUUUUACUAUUUUCUACAUUGUAGAAUAAUAGUGAAGACAUCAAAACUAUGAAAUAACACAUAUGGAGUGCUGUAUCAGAUGACCUGUCCUCCACAAUCACCUGACCUUAACCCAAUUGAGAUGGUUUGGGAUGAGUUGGACUGCAAAGUGAAGGAAAAGCAGCGAACAAGUGCUUAGCAUAUGUGGGAACUCCUUCAAGACUGUUGGAAAAGCAUUCCAGGUGAAGCUGGUUGAGAAAAUGCCAAGAAUGUGCAAAGCUGUCAUCAAGGCAAAGGCUGGCUGCUUUGAAGAAUCUAAAAUAUUACAUAUAUUUUGAUUUGUUUAAUACUUUUUGGUUACUACAUGAUUCCAUAUGUUUUAUUUAAUAGUUUUGAUGUCUUCACUAUUAUUCUAAAAUGUAGAAAAUAGUACCAAUAAAGAAAAACCCUUGAAUGAGUAGGUGUGUCCAAACUUUUGACGGGUACUGUAUAUAUUUUCUGAUUAAAAGCUGAUAACUUUAAAGAACCUUAACAAUACUUUAACAAAAAUACCCUCACCUGAGGUUUGAAUCUGAUGCAUGAAGCCUACCCUGAAACCCACUUGUGCAGCUUGAGUUUUGGUGCAGAUCUUCCAUUGAUGUCAAUACAUAAUUUUCUCAAAAAUAAAGUUAAGCUUGUGCAUCUCAAGCUAGGUUUCCCCCUGAAUGACAUGAGCCAUUAAAAACAUAAUACAUUAUUUUCUGCUAUUUCCUCAUUUUUGGUAUGUAACCCUUCCCAUUAUUAAAACGUUGGAAACACAAAACUGUCACCUUAAUUUCAUCCUAUUUUGAUAUGUUUGUGGGAUUGGGGGGAUGCUAUGAAGGGCAAAUAAUAGUAUUUCUGCAAGUGCCAUAUCUUUCACACUUGUACUUCAUAUCACAGUAUUGAAUUAUCAGGCUCUGUGUGUAGCAAUUACAGAAAUUAAUGUGUAUACCUGACUGAACACACACACAGUCACCAGCCUCAGUCACAUGGUCUCCAGACAGAGUAGAAUGGGGUGGCAAAUUGUAUCAAUCAGUUGUCCUCCCGCUGGCUUGUUAGUCAUUGGAUAUGGUCAUUGGUGCAGUGAUGUAGAAGUAAUGGUCAUGUUCCAGGCCACCUUCAGCCUGUCUUUCACUCAUUAGACUACAACUGUAUACAUGACUGAACACACACGCAUCCGUCAUCAUCAUCAGGUCACAUGGUCUAAAGUCAGAAUAGACUGGGGUGGCAAAUGGUAUCGAUCGGUUGUCUGUCAGCACUGCUGGCUUAGUUGUGAUUUGGAUAGGGCUUGGUUAUUGGUGCAGUCAUGUAGAAGUAAUGGUUGCGUUCCAGGCCACCUACAUUGCAGUCAUGAAAUGUAGACAAUCACUACUUCCGCAUGUGUAGUGUUCUGAGACAAUCAGAUCUGUGUCAGAUCUCUGCAAAUGCAGAAGUAGUGUUUAGCAUCAUAGGAAUCCAUCAAUAUGACUUAAUAACCUGAUAGUCUGGUGAGAGUAGACUGGUAUGGGGAAUCCUAUUUAUCUGUUGUCACAUAGCUGGCUUUGUUGUGAUUGGAUAGCGCUUGGUUAUGGUUCCUAAAGCCUGUGAGCAUCUCCCCAGUCCCUACUUCAUUCUGUGUUUUUGUGUUUUGCUUCAUGUCCCGGGUGUUUGAC